CUCUUCAUUCUAAUUGUGUCUCCUCCCUGAGCAUCAGCAGGCUGCCCUUCCAGCAGCACCCUCCCCUAUCCAUACAGUGUCAGCAGAAGUGCAGUUCCUUUUCAGUGAGUGGAAGAUCCCUCCAUUUCAGUGUGUCCUGUUCCCUAGCACAGGACACUAUGGAUAUUGCUUUGGAAGCUGGUCCCGAGUCACUGAGAAGAGAGGCAAGGUGGUCAUUCUACCACGUACUACCCAGCACCCACCAGCAAACUCCAAAAGACAAAGAGGGACAUCCGAUGGCUUCAAGGAGCAACUGGUGAAUGGUUUGAAGAAAUUCAAAGAAAGAAGUUUUGCAAUGAAACAGAUGUUAGCCAAAUGCUAAAACCACCACUUACCUCCCGGCUGAGGAAGGAGACGGCAAAAGGCGAUCCUAUGGAAUUACAAACACCAAGAUCUAAAAAUCUAACCAAUCCAAAACCAUCCGUUUCUUCUCGAAUGAGCUUUCGGUCAUCCUUGGCCUCGCUGUUCUCCUUCAGGAGAUAUGGGAAGGAGACAUCUACGCUUCAGUCACAGAGGCAAAAAGCAUGUGAUGGCCAUGGAGGACCUCCUGUGUCUAUGAAGGGACCAACUGCGGCAAAACCAUACGAUUCACCUGUGAGGAGUCAACUGGUUGCCAGUGUGUCUGUUCCCAAACCAGCCAUCAUGAGGGAGGAAAGUGGCAUGCCUCCCCCCUGGGAUGCGUCCAUGCUGGAGAAUGAGUUCUUCCAAGUCUUAGAUGACCUGGAUAGUAAGCUGGCUCAGGAGCAAUCUGCAAGCUCGGUGAAUCCCAGAAUGCCCUUCCACUACAGAUCAAGAACACAGCUCAACCGUUCUUACUCCAGCGAGAGCAGGCGUGGUAAUAUCACUCAAAGGCACAAAAACCACUGCAAUGAAACUUCCAUCUUGUCCAUCUAUGACAUCCUGAGACCAGGAACACCUAGAGAGGGUUUUAAAACCUUUUCUCCUAGGACAAAAACAAUUUAUGAUAUGUACAGGUCAAGGGAGCCCAGAGUUGUAAAAGAAGAUUUCAUACAAAAGAAUACAUUUGGCAGUGCUUCUCUGUGCAUUGACAGCCAGCAGAGAACAGCCUCACCAGCCGCGGGACGCUUCACCGUAAGGAGCUUACACUUUCCAGCCACUCAGAACAAGAGUAGUUUUACACCAGCAAGCCGCAAGCAAAGCCCAAAAAGAACUCCUUUGUCAUCCAUCAUAUGGAACAGAUCAGAUUAUUCUAGAGAAAGACAGAAGCAGGAAGAAUUCCUGGGGGCGCCAUCACCAAUGGACAUUGACCCUGCUGACCAGUACAUGUAUUCUCAGUGUUUUCAGGAGAGGAAAUACAAAUUGUACCAUUCACAGAAUGCUUACCAAGGCACACGUUUAAACAUCCCCAUGGAUAAUGCAAUGAGUUGUGACACACUGGAGAACUCCGAGAAUAUGCCGUUCUACCAUCAGGACAACCCAUUUGCAAGCUCUUUCUUCAACAAUCCCUUUAGACGAAACAGGGAGCAGAGAUUUGGACACAGUUCUUUUUGGCAUCAACAAGAAGAAUGUUCUUGGUCUGACUUUCCUCAGAGUAGGAAACCAUUCACUUCUUCUGACAGAGACUUUGGCAUGAUUUCCAUUGAAGCAAACAGUGAAGCAUCUGUUCAAGGCCCUGGUGUCCCUUCUCAAUACUGGGGGCCAUUUUCUCCUUGUUACGGAACAAAUGUUUUCAGAGGCCAAGGAGAUCCACAUCACUGGUGGUCUGAUUUUCAGACAUCCCCACCGGAGAGAAUGGAUAUGUCCCAUGUUAAUGAGAACCAAUCUCCACCCCAUUUUGGCACACCAGAUGUUUUUCCCAUGACGGCUCCAAGCUGCCACAGCCACUCUGCUGGGCUGGAAUCUCCGCAGGGCCGCUCUCCUGUAGAAGUAGCCAUGAACGAGGGGCCUCACUUGUUUGCCAAUGCUCAGCCUCUACUAUCCUCAUUCAGAGCUUCCUUCCCUCAGAUUCCUGAUGACAGAGGAAAUUCUCAGGGUCUCAACUUCCAGAAUGCCACAGUUUCUUUGCAGGAAACUUUUCCUAAUAAGCCAGACUCUCUUCCAGUAAGAAGCUGUACAGAAGUUACUACGGUCAAUAACAGUUCAACUGAAUCUCUGUCUCAUACUGAAGCUCAACUCAACUUCCAAGUCACAGAAAUGAAUAAUGAGAAAGACAUGAGUGACUUUAUUUCAGAAGACAAACAACUCAACAAGAUGGACCAGAAAAACAAGACAGGCGGAAUACCCCAACCUGUUUUUCAGACAGAGAUCUCUAACUCUUUACCUAAAUUUCAAAAUCCCCAUUCCCAGAACACAGCACAAAAUGACAGAUCUGGUUUUAAUGCACCUGUCACAGUAAGUUCUAAAAGGUCACCCAGAGUCUUUUCCAGAAAAGACACCUCCCAAAUUUAUAUAACACAAAGGGAUAAAACCAGUGAACUAAACAAAGGACAGUGUUUUCCUGGGAACAGGAAACUUGACUCAGAAACUUCUCUGCCUUUCCUUCAGGAAAGCAGAACACUGACAUCUUUUCCCAGCCCAAAUCAAGCUUGUUACCAGGAAUCAACAGUACAUAAUGAAGACCGCUUGAACAUUAUUAAAAAUAAGCACUGGUGCUCUGAACCUACUAAUCAAGGAACACAGUCCCCUCAGAGAGAAGAGUGUCCAGCCACCAAGUCUACCAACUGCAGCAGGCUGGGUACUGGGGACAGGAUCUCACAGGAGUCUUUAGGUCUGUCAUCAGAUGUACCCCACAGCUCUUCAUCAUCAAAUAGUUCUUUCCUUGAUGCUCUUCUGGUUCUUUCUACUACAGCAUUCCCCAGAAGCCCUUCAGACAAAGAGCUAUCUCUAAAACAAAGAGAAGAAAAAGACAAUGCCAACGAAAACCAAAAUAAUCAUUUUUCUGUAAACUCCUCAGAAAACCAAGAGAGCAAAGACAGUUCUGUACCUCCAGGUGAAGUGGCUGAUGGUGCCCAGUGCCAUCCAUACUCUCCUUUCAGAAGUGGAAGGGGGACAGGAAGAGUGAGACGCCACGUAUCCUGUAUUGAAAAGUUAAGCAAGAUGGAGAACAGGUUAGCACCCACAAAUGAAGGCAGUAGCUCCACUGAGGACCAGAGCAGCUCCAGAGCUUCUGAAUGCGGCUCAGUCUAUUGCACCCUGCCAAGAAAAUCAGCCAGUUUUCUCACAUCUAACAAACAGUCAGAAAGUAAGAUAACAGCUGCUCCAAUUAGGAACGGGCCACUUCCAUUCCAAGCACAAAGUAAAGUGGACGCUCCAAUCCACAAGUGCACAUCUAACAAACCAAGCCCCAGUUCUCCUCAGUCAGUGAGUGAGUGUUCCCAAAUUGCUUCAGAUUUGGUCCUGGGACAACCUGAGGCCACCAAGAAGAUGACAAGUGUGAAAGCCAUUAGAUCUGCUUCUGUUAGGAAGGGACCACUCCCAUUUCUCAUCAAAAGGGCGAUGUCAUGUCCUUCAGGGGAGCCAUAUAUCUCCUCUGAAAGAGAUGAAAGAGAAAAGUCAUCGGCUCUAGACACAGAUGCUUCUGCUGUAAUGCCCAAGUCUUGGGAGAAAAUCUUUAACCCUGUAAAAAGUGACUCAUCACUUACAGAGUUCACUUUAGCCAAAAGACGUCAUCAAAAGGAAUUUUCCCAAGAAUGUAUCAGAAAGGAUGCUGAGACCACGGCCCCCAGCAUAAGCUCCUUUACCCCUUUAAAGGAAGACCCUGUACCUUUUUGUGCAGACGUGUCAGGAAAAGAAACUAAGAAAGCAUUACAUAAACUUAAGACUACUAGUAUGUUCUCUGUUUCUGGUGAUGAAGAGAAUAUAAAAUGUCUUGAGGUGGUUUCGAUAUAUUAUACUCUACCAAGGAAACCCAGCAAAAAAUUCUGUAGCCUCCUUCAGCAGUUCUCACAAGACACAGAUUCACUUAGAAAACCUUUUGGAGUAGAGAUGGAAACAUGUCUUAAUGCUUUAGAGAGAGAUGAACUAUAUUGUCCAGCACAAGAGCAGUCAACAAUACCUUCACCUGGAGAUCUAAAGACGCAGGUUGACUCUGCUCCAGACUGUCUUUCUCACACCACUGAGAACGUGACUGUCUCCCAAUUACCAAGUAGUGGGCCCUCCAAAUCCACAUUAGAGGAAAUGGCUUCUGUGGGGCCAGACGCUUCUCUUCGUAAAGGCAAACCUAAAACCAGGGAGAUUGUCCCUGAUAACUUAGCUAAAACACCUCUAGGUGAUUCACAGAUCAGGAAAAAGAGCGGGGGGGAAUUGUCAAGUCCAUCUUUACAGACUUCCUUAAUGCUUCAGGAAAAAUGUGUUAGAAAAGAAAAACCUAGAAACAGUCUACGGUCUGCUAACAGAGUAAGCAGUGCUUCCUCUGGCCUUCCAGCCCACUCAGAAAGUAAUGUUGAAAAGUGCCAAACCAAAACAAAUUGUGAGGCAUGUGCAAGUGGUGCAUCAACAGCAAGGGGAAAGUGUCCUUGGAGAGAUCACACAGCUGUCGUGGUAGAUGAUAGCUCCAGUGGGUCACAGCCUAGGGAAGCCAAUGGAGCAACAGGAUCAAACUGCCAAAACCUGACUGAGAAAAUGCUUUCUGACUCAGAAAGUGAAGCCUCUGCUCUAACCCCAGUUUUGCAUAAGCUGCAGCUUGCUGAGGAGGCUGGGUUAGGUGAAGCAGAUCUGCCGAAUUUGCCCUCUGAACCUAGAGAAUUACUUCAAAGAAGUCAGGAGAUAAAUACAACAGAGAUUAGGAAAGUAGAAAAUGAAACACAGAAGUUGAUAUGGGAUCAAACUUUGGUACUUGAUGGAAAUAAUAAAAAUAAAACCGACUUGGAUGACUUAGAAAAAAGAGAAGACAGAUACUCCAUUCAUCACAGGGUAGCAGCCAUGUCUAAAGCAAACAGAAAAUUCCCAGCUAAGGAUUUAAGCCCCAGAAGACACGUGGCUACUAUCUUCCCCCAAAGUGAAAGCAAACGUGGCUUUGGACGUUUAUCUGUUUGCAGACUGGAGUGCAACCCACUGUCCCCUGAGCUUAUUCCAAAAUCCACAGGAUCCACAGAUGAAAGCAGCCUGGUUAGUCAUAGAAUGAGUGUGGACAAAUCCAAGAAGCUUCUCCAGGUUUCUGCAAUACCCAGCAGAGAACCUUCUGGUCACCCCUGCCAUCAGGAGGCUGAUAACUUUUCACAGCUACAUCAGGAUGAAUUUCACAGUGUCUCAGAAUCACCACCGGAAAAUGAGGACUAUAAAAAUAGAACAGUAGCUCAAAUCUCAGAAGCAGAGUCAGGAACCCCAGCCCAGCUCACUCUCAGCACCCCCAGGGAACAAAGCUCUGACCGUCAAUGGAGGCUGAGCCCUCCUUUGUCCCAAGAGCCUGCACAGAACUCUACAACAAACCUCUCACUGACCCAUCAGCAGCUACAACAUAGGAGUGUGUCAUCUCCAGAAUGGGAACACGAGCCACACCUCUAUCGUUCAAAGAGUUUAAAAAACAUCAAUGUGCAUGGUGACUUGCCACGAACAAAUCAUCCUUCCAAAGUCAGGGGGCGCCAUUUUUCUGAAAGCACCUCUCUUGACAAUGCCCUGAGUCAGCUGUCCCUUGGGGAUGACUUCCCUGACAACAGUGGGUACAGUCGAAGAUUCAAAUCAUUUUCCGAGCUUCCUUCCUCUGAUGAAAGCGAAAGUUGGACUUUGCCUAGCAAUAGGACAAGAACAGGUCCCAAGUCCACAUCCUCUAUAUCCAGGCCUAUUGACUACGGGAUUUUUGGGAAGGAGCAACAGUUGGCUUUCUUAGAAAAUGUAAAGAGGUCACUCACUCAAGGAAGAUUGUGGAAGCCAAGUUUUCUCAAGAACCCUGGCUUCCUCAAAGAUAAUGUGCUGAACUCCUCCAACCCCUCACAGUCAGAGUUGUUCAAUUCUCCUAGCUGUCAGGUGCCAGAAAGUAGCCCAUUUCCGAGUGAACCACUUAAUAUCUAUGAGGAGGACCUCGUGGAGUCAGACUGGGACACAGACACAACCACGGACGAUGAAUACUACCUGGAUGAAAAUGAUAAAGAGUCUGAACUGUGAGGCUUUUGCAAAAAAAACGCAGAAUAUAAUACAUUGCACUUUUGCAUUUUGCUUUUUACCAAAAGCUUCUAAAUUCAUAGACAGAUAUAAAAGAUCUGGUUUGGGCAGUGUCUGCAUCAAAACAGCACAGUCAUGUCUUUUCCAUAUGUUAUAUGU